CCGCACGUACCAACCAUGGAUGGCUUUGGUGGCUUGAUGGACCCAGAUGCCCUUAAAGAACUUCAAGCAGAGAUAGCUAGGAAGGUCGCUAACGAGGAAGAGAUACUCGUUCCUCUUCACCAUCUAUACUGGAGCGAUGGCAAAGAAGACAAAGUCCCCGGACCUAAAUCCAAAAUGACACAACAAGACCCAGCCGAAUACCUCGAGNCCAAAGACUACGACGUGAACCUUGUCUUCACCAGUCUUCCUCCCAACUACACUGUCUGGAAACAGGACCCUCCUCGCAGCGACAUCUACCUUUAUGGUCACCCUCGCGGCAGAUUCCCUUCGGCUGAUCAGUUUACCUAUCAUGUCUGGAGCCUGCUGAACAACAAAGUCGCGGAGUGCGACUGCAGACUGUGUGAAGGCAAUGUCAGAGGUCAGGGCAAGGACAAGGCCUGA